AUGGCCAGUGCCCUGGAAAUGCUCUGGGAUAAAUACACUUGGGCCUUAGAAAACGGAGACCCGAGGACGGAUUCCUGGUUCCUGGUACACUCACCACUCCCUAUAACCCUCCUCUUGGUCACCUACCUUCUCCUGGUGGUAACUGGUCCUCGCUUCAUGUCCCAGCGGGAGCCUCUGCGUCUGGUGGGACCUCUGGCCAUCUACAACCUGGGCCUGGUGCUUCUCUCGGGGUACCUGUUCUAUGAGUUCAUGACCAUCUCCCUCCUGGCUAACUACAGCUACUUCUGUCAGCCAGUGGACUACAGCAGGAGUGAGCUCGCCCUAAGGAUGGCGAAAGUGUGCUGGUGGUGUUUCUUCUCAAAGGCGGUUGAGUUGCUUGACACGGUCUUUUUUAUCCUACGAAAGAAGCCAGACCAGAUCACCUUCCUGCACGUCUACCACCACGCCACCAUGCUCCUCAACUGGUGGGCUGGAGUCAAGUAUGUGCCCGGUGGACAGGCCUUCUUCAUCGGGAUGCUUAAUUCGUUGGUCCAUGUCUUCAUGUACCUGUACUAUGGACUAGCCUGUCUGGGGCCCUGCAUGCAGCCCUACCUGUGGUGGAAGCGCUAUCUUACCAUCUUACAGCUGUGCCAGUUUGUGGCCAUCACUACACACUCUGCCUACAAUCUCUUUGCUACAUGUCCCUUCCCUGAUGGAUUCAACAUAGCCACCCUCCUGUACACCCUCAGCCUCUUUGCUCUUUUUCUCAACUUCUACCAUCAGACAUAUCUGAGGGGCAAGCGAGAGAAGCUGACUUAA